AGUGGUACGGUCCUUUCCUCAUCGCUCAAUGGUUGGCGCCGGGUGGUGUCCACAUGGCCUUCUAAGUUAAUUCCUCCUUUAUUACCAAAAAGUGCUGUUUUUUGUAAGCGGGCGAUCUACAAUAAAUAACAAAAAUGCACGAAACAGAGGAAAUGGACUCUGAGAUGGACUUUGACGAUGUCGAAGAGCCUUCGUUCAGUGAUCCAGAGGACUUCGAGGAUGACAUCGACGACCAGGAGCUUUUGGAGGAUGUCCUGAGGGAGCAGCCCCAGGAGGCAGAUGGCAUAGACUCUGUGGUUGUGGUAGACAAUAUUCCCCAGGUUGGACAAGACCGCUUGGACAAACUGAAAAAUGUCAUCAACAAGAUCUUCUCCAAGUUUGGCAAAAUCACAAAUGAAUUUUACCCGCAGGACGAGGAGAAAACCAAAGGGUAUAUAUUCUUGGAGUACUCUAACCCAAGUCAUGCUAAUGAAGCUGUGAAGAACGCUGAUGGCUACAAAUUGGACAAACAACACACUUUCCGUGUCAACCUUUUCACAGAUUUUGAUAAAUACAUGAACAUCAGUGAUGAAUGGGAAACACCAGAGAAACAGCCAUUCAAAGACUUUGGUAACCUUCGCCACUGGAUGGAGGAUCAAGAUUGUCGUGAUCAAUUCAGUGUGAUUUACGAGGCUGGGGAGAGGACGGGCAUAUUUGCCAACGAUGCCAAAGAGUCAAUUAUAGUUGAGGAGAGAGCGCGCUGGACUGAGACCUACGUGCGCUGGUCUCCCAAGGGCACCUAUCUCGCUACAUUCCACCAGAGGGGCAUCGCUUUGUGGGGCGGGGAGAAGUUCAAGCAGAUCCAGAGGUUCAGCCACCAGGGCGUACAGCUCAUCGACUUCUCACCCUGCGAAAGGUAUGUGGUGACCUUCAGCCCCCUAAUGGACACGAAAGACGACCCUCAGGCCAUCAUCAUCUGGGACGUUCUGACUGGACAGAAGAAGCGAGGCUUCCACUGUGAGAGCUCUGCCCAUUGGCCCAUUUUUAAGUGGAGCCAAGAUGGCAAGUUCUUUGCUAGAAUGUCCCAAGACACCCUCAGUAUCUACGAGACACCAUCCAUGGGUCUCCUGGAUAAGAAGAGUCUGAAGAUAAAUGGCAUCAAGGACUUCUCCUGGUCGCCCGGUGACAACAUCAUCGCCUUCUGGGUUCCGGAGGACAAGGACAUCCCUGCCAGGGUGACACUCAUGCAGCUGCCCAGCAGGAACGAGAUCCGAGUCCGCAACCUCUUCAACGUGGUCGACUGCAAGCUGCACUGGCAGAAGAACGGCGACUACCUUUGCGUCAAAGUAGACAGAACCCCCAAAGGCACACAGGGUGUUGUCACCAACUUUGAGGUCUUCCGCAUGAGAGAGAAGCAGGUCCCCGUAGAUGUGGUUGAGAUGAAAGACAGCAUCAUCGCCUUUGCCUGGGAGCCCAAUGGUAGCAAAUUUGCCGUGCUGCACGGAGAGUCUCCUAGAAUCAACUUCUCUGCUUACCACGUCAAGAGCAAUGGGAAGAUUGACUUGAUCAAAUGUUUUGACAAGCAGCAGGCCAACAGCAUUUUCUGGAGUCCCCAGGGUCAGUUCUUGGUGUUGGCUGGUUUGAGGAGCAUGAAUGGUGCUUUGGCCUUCGUGGACACCUCUGACUGCACUUUGAUGAACAUCGCCGAGCACUACAUGGCAUCGGAUGUGGAGUGGGACCCCACUGGUCGAUUCGUUGUCACCUCUGUCUCCUGGUGGAGUCACAAGGUGGACAAUGCCUACUGGCUGUGGACUUUCCAGGGGCGCCUGCUGCAGAAGAACAACAGGGACCGCUUCUGCCAGCUGCUGUGGAGGCCUCGUCCUCCCGUCCUUCUGAGCCAAGAGGAAAUCAAAAACAUCAAGAAGGAUCUGAAGAAAUACUCCAAGAUCUUUGAGCAGAAAGAUCGUGCCAGCCAAUCCAAGGCCUCCAAGGAACUGAUUGAUAAGAGGCGUACCAUGAUGGAUGACUACCGUGCAUAUCGGGACGCCUCCGCCAAGGCCUACGCGGAGCAGAAGGCCCUCCGGCUGGAGCUUCGAGGAGGAGUGGACACAGAUGAACUGGACAGCAAUGUGGAGGACUGGGAGGAGGAGACCAUUGAGUUUUUCAUCAGUGAAGACAUUAUUCCCUUCGGCGAGCUGUAGUCCCAGAGGCAGCUAGGUGACUUAGAGAGGAAUUGGUGUGGAUCGACAAAGAAAGCAUCAGUUGUCUCUCUCUCCCUGGGCCUUGUGGACUACAGCCUCCCCCUCCUCCAGAGUGUAAUUCUUUGCCCAACAUCCAUCUCUAGUGCCUUUUAAUAUUGGUUGCUGCAACCGGGAGAGCUGUGAGCUGCUGUGGGGUCUGCUCGUGCUCACUCUUCUGCUUACCUGGUCCACUUCCAACAGGACCCACUCCAGGACCCAACACCUCUCACGACCACAUUUGGACUCAGUCUGUUCUUUUCCAUUUUUUUGAUUAUUAAUUGAUUUUUUUUUUUUUUUAGUUUAUAUAUUUUUUCUUUAUCUGAUUUUGUACUAUCAAAAGGCUGAGGUCUCAACAUGUCACAAUGUGCCAUGAACUUUUUAUACACUCGGUGGAAAGAGAUGUGUUGGUUUCAGAGAUUUUUCCGUAAGGAUAAAAUGUCUUCUAGUGUGUCGACAUGGCACUACAGUGGGCUGUACCCUCCCCCUUUCAGAUUACCUUAUAUUAAAAAGUGCGCAAAGACAAAUAAAGAAUAUACUUACAAAUAUACCAAA